CUACACUACACUCCUCUGAAGUCUGAAAUACUCCUGAAAUCACUAGAAAGAAAAGAAGAGAGAGAAAUUUUGGAAGUGUUCACAUUUUUCAUCUAAUUUCCUCACUCUCUUCUCCAUCACUCUUGAAAAUUUUGCAACUUCUAUGACAUUUGAUAUUCACCACUGAAAGGGAAUGUUUGUGUGUUUUACAACAUAACAAAAGCCAAAAAUAUUAGGCAAUUGUUAAGCACUUAGGUUCGUUUUUGUUCUUGGAAAUAUGAGUUUUGUGUUCCGUGGUAGCCGAGGAGAUAUUGAAAAUGGAUUUUCAGGACUUGUCCCAGAAAGGCGUUCAGUCAGGAUUCAGCCUGUUCGACCUGUAAAUACAAAUUCUUUCGCCUUUCUUAUUACUGUUCUUUUGUUGUUCACAAUUCUGAAUACUCAUCAGAUGUCACCUAAUUUUAUGCUCUGGCUGGUUCUUGGUGUGUUUCUGAUCGCUACAAGCUUAAGGAUGUACGCUACCUGUCAACAGUUGCAAGUUCAAGCUCAAGCUCAUGCCGCGGCUGCUAGUGGCUUGUUUGGACAUACCGAGUUUCGUUUGCAGAUGCCACCGUCUAUAGCUUUAGCUAGCAGGGGGAGAUUACAGGGACUAAGGCUUCAACUUGCACUUCUGGAUCGCGAGUUUGAUGAUCUAGAUUAUGAAACAUUGAGAGCGUUGGAUGCUGACAAUGUUUCAAACAUCCCUUCAAUGAGUGAAGAAGAGAUAAAUACCUUACCUGUCCAUAAGUACAAGGUCACAGGAUCAGAAAAUGAGGAUUCACAAUCACUAGUAGAGGCUUCAUCUUCGUCAACGUCCCCUGAGCCAAAGCAAGAUGCUAAUAAUAUUUCAAAGGGUUCAGAAGAAGAUCUCACUUGUACCGUAUGCUUAGAGCAAGUGAAGAGAGGAGAACUCCUGCGCAGCUUACCAUGUUUACAUCAGUUCCAUUCCAAUUGCAUUGAUCCAUGGCUGAGGCAACAGGGCACAUGCCCGGUAUGCAAAUUACGAGUAGGGUCUCAGAUGCAAGAUUUCUCUGAUAGUACUGCUGUUAUUGCCGAUAUGGUCUAAUUUUCUAUGUAUAACUUUUUCUAAUAUGGCAAGGAGAAGUAUGCUACUGGACAUGAACCUCACAGAGGUUAAACUCAGACUAGCAUUGCACCCCCCAAGGACUUAGUGGGAGGUUCGAACCCGUCCUCUUAGUUACUAGACUUCCAGUUAUUCACAUAAUAUACGAACAGCGAUUCGUCUAAGCAUGUACGAGCCUGUAGUUUAUUAGCAGCAAAAUUCUUCAUUGUUUGUACAUCAGAAACUUGUGAACAAUGCUGCUGAAUAUGAUCAGUUUUGACAUUAUGUGUUAUCAUGUGUUUAGUCAUGAAUCAUGAUAUUUAAGGAUCUGCAGAAGAAGAAGAACAAAAGAGGCAAAACCAAAAACCAGUUCAAAGCUGAACUGCGUCGUGCCAACCGCGUCUUAGUCCUUGUAACAUCAUUGCUUUUAUUAACCUUGUUUAAAAUUGUGAGAUUAUUGUAUGACAUAAUUUUAUUGCUAUUUUUUUAUAUUGUAUUCUUUUAUUUUUGUGGAAUUAGAAAAUUGAAAUUAUGCUUCAAA